UGAGACGCGGCGUCUGCGCCGGCGGACCAAUCAGCGCGGGCCACGGUGAGAUUGUUGCAUGUACUUUUUGUGGGAGCCGCAGCGGCAGCGAGCCUGCGUGUUGUUGAAUUGACCGAGGAGACGAGCGGAGAGCAGACAAAACCAUGGGUCCUCUUUUAGUCGGAGUCUUGAGCUGCUCCCUGGUCCUGUCUGUCCAAGCCUUGUACUCGUCCAGUGAUGAUGUUGUUGAGCUCACCGCCUCCAACUUCAACAGAGAGGUGAUCCAGAGUGACAGUCUGUGGCUGGUGGAGUUUUAUGCCCCCUGGUGUGGCCACUGUCAGAGUCUGGCCCCUGACUGGAAGAAGGCAGCCGCCGCCCUCAAGGGUAUCGUCAAGGUGGGCGCAGUAGAUGCUGACCAGCACAAGUCGCUGGGGAGCCAGUAUGGCGUCAGGGGCUUCCCCACCAUCAAGAUCUUCGGAGCCAACAAGAACAAGCCGGAUGAGUACCAAGGAGGACGUAGCAGCCAGGCCAUCGUUGACGGGGCGAUGAAUGCGUUGCGUAGUCUGGUGAAGGACAGGCUGAGCGGCAAGUCUGGUGGCUCUGGCUACAGCAAACAGAGUGGAGGCGGUGGCGGCGGCAGCGGCAGCAAGAAGGACGUGGUCGAGCUCACCGACGACAACUUCGACAAGUUGGUGCUGGACGGCGACGACGUGUGGCUGGUGGAGUUCUUCGCUCCCUGGUGUGGACACUGCAAGAACCUGGAGCCCGAGUGGACAGCUGCAGCCUCAGCUGUCAAGGAGCAGACCAAGGGCAAAGUUCGCCUGGGAGCUGUGGAUGCUACUGUGCACCAAGUUGUGUCCGGCCGCUACGGGAUCCGUGGAUUUCCCACCAUCAAGAUUUUCCGCAAAGGUGAGGAGCCCGAGGACUACCAAGGGGGUCGUACCCGCGGAGACAUCAUUGAGAAAGCUCUGGAGCUGUUCUCUGACAACGCUCCUCCUCCUGAGCUGCUGGAGAUCCUCAACGAAGACAUCUUGAAGAACACCUGUGAGGACAGUCAGCUGUGUAUAAUCGCUGUCCUGCCACACAUCCUGGACACAGGUGCUGCUGGUAGAAACAGUUACCUGGAGGUGAUGACGAAGAUGGCCGACAAGUACAAGAAGAAGAUGUGGGGCUGGCUGUGGACUGAGGCCGGGGCUCAGAUGGACCUGGAGUCGUCCCUGGGUAUCGGUGGAUUUGGCUACCCUGCCAUGGCCGCCAUCAACACGCGCAAGAUGAAGUUUGCCCUGCUCAAAGGCUCCUUCAGUGAGACGGGCAUUCACGAGUUCCUCAGGGAGCUUUCUGUGGGCCGCGGCUCCACCGCCACACUAGGAGGUGGCACCAUGCCCAAGAUUCAUGUGGUUGAAGCCUGGGACGGCCAAGAUGGACAGCUUCCUGUGGAGGAGGACUACGACCUCAGCGACGUAGACCUGGACGACGACUACGACAAGGACGAGUUAUAGUCUCUACAGGGAUCCGAUCCAGACCGGUCUGGUCUGGUCCUGCGCGGCCCACCUCCCCUCUCCUGUGGACGAAUAGGAGGCAACCACCCCCCUCCCCCCCACGGUCGCCCAGUUACUGAAAUACUCCAGAAAAGACACAUGAGAGAGACACCUGCGGUUUCUCACGUCAUCAUUCAGUCACACGGGGACAGGAGGGAGGGGAGCGUACGUCCCUGGAACGAACUCACAAACCUGCUGAACGUUAAAACUUCAUAUUUAUACAGCCGCUGCCAGCUGAGGAGAGGAGGGAGGAGGUUCCGAAUGUCAGAUUUCAAUUGUUCAUUCAAGUCUUUUUUCAAAUAUUGCUCCCUCUCCCCUCCUCAGCCGCUCUCGAGCACCUAUUUUAAGAUGUGGACUUGUCAAAGUAACACUUCAAUGUCCAACCUGAUGUGACUAAACAUGAUUUUUUUUUUUUUUCCUUUCCUCUUUUUAAACCAGUGAAUGAGAAUCUCGGUGUGUCUGUCCAGGACAAGGGGAUACUGUGGGACUUCUUGUGUAGAUUUUUCUUACACGACUUUAUUUCAAUUGUGUGAAGACAAAAUGAACAUUUUUGUUACAAAAAUAAAAAGGAAUAAAAACAA